AUGGCACAAGGGCGGCAAUAUGUUGCCUUUACGUGGCCAGACACAGGCGUUGACCAAAUCGGCCACCUCGACCAGGAGUUGCAGACGGUCCAGCCCCUGAGCUUCGCAUCCGGCCACCCCGUCGAGAACCUCUACCAGCUCAUCGAGGCCGGCUCUGUCCAUGCAGCCCAGGUCAUCCCCAGCCAUGCGUGCCAACCUCUCCCCCUCUCCGCCGUGACCAUCCGGCCGCCGCUCACGGGCCGCGAUGUGCUGGCAGUGGGCAAGAACUACAUGGAGCAUGCCAAGGAGUUCAACAGCUCUGGCUACGACAGCUCUGACAAGGUCGACCGCCCCAGCCACCCCGUCAUCUUCACCAAGCGGGCCACCUCCAUCAUCGCCCACGGUGAGCCCAUCCACUGCCACGACGACAGCUUCACCACCACGGCCGACUACGAGGGCGAGAUCGGCGUCAUCAUCGGCAAGCCUGGGUUCCCCAUCGCCCAGGAGGAUGCCUGGGAGCAUGUCUGGGGUUACACCAUCAUCAACGACAUCACGGCCCGCGAGAGGCAGCGCGGCCACAAGCAGUUUUACAUUGGCAAGUCGGCCGACACGUUUUGUCCGAUGGGCCCCGUGGCUGUGCCUAAAGAAGACCUCCCCGCGGUACUGCAUAUCGAGACACAUGUGAAUGGCGAACUGCGCCAGCAGUCUUCCACGGCAGACCUCAUCUUCUCCAUCCCAGAGCUCAUCGCCACCUUGUCCGCUGGACAGACCCUGCAGCCCGGUGAUGUCCUGGCCACAGGAACCCCGGCUGGUGUGGGCAUUGGCAAGACUCCUCCAAUCUUUCUGCAGCCGGGAGAUGAGAUUUCCAUCUCCGUGACGGGACUAGGCACCUUGACGAACAAGGUCGCGCAGAGAGGCGCGAUUAAUGCCACGGGCGCACGUGUGAAUGAGCAGACGGCCUUCACCGCGACCAACGGCGCCCGCACGCAUGGCAAGGAGGGCUGCCUGACCACGAUCAACCGCAAGCCCGUGUCAUAUCUACAGAGCCGUCCUAAUAGUGCCACUACCACCCAGGCCAGCAACAACACCAUCUUCGUCCACGGCCUCGGCGCGACAAAAGAGUCUUGGACGCCCCUCAUCUCCUCCAUGUCCUGGCCCACUGAGACAACCCUGCACACCUACGACAUUGAAGGCCACGGCCUGACGCCCACACACCCGCUCAGCAAAAUUACAAUCUCCUCCCUGGCAGACGACCUGGAGGUUCUAGCCCAGUCUGUCGCUGGAGCUACCCCGGAAGCACCUGUAACAAUCAUCGCGCAUGGGCUGGGUUGUCUUAUCGCGCUGAAGUUUGCCGCACAGAACCAGGCCUUGGUCAAAAGUCUGAUUCUGGUAAGCCCGCCAGCUUUACCAGCCACGAAAAGCGCCAAGAGGAAGUUACUCGACCGAGCCGCCCUGGUGCGCGAGAAGGGGAUUCCUGCUGUCGUGGACGCCGUGCUGCAAGAGACACUGGCAGGGCAGGCUCCGAAUGGAAAGACCAAGCCGCUGGUUGAGACGGCAGUGCGGCUUUCCCUGCUCAGUCAAGACCCGGAGGGGUAUGCGAAGGGUGUUGAGGCGCUGGCUCGCUGCAAUAUUGGCGGUGAUGCAGUUGGUGCCGAGGACGCUUAUGAUGUGGUCAAGCUGGACGAAAGCUCGCGGGUGCGGUGCCCGGUGCACAUUCUCGUGGGGAGUGAAGAUGCAGAGAGCACGGUUGAGAGCGCGAUGCGUUAUCAGGAGCUUCUGAGUAAGAGUAGGCUUGAAGUCGUAAAGGGACUCGGUUACUGGAUGGUGUUCGAGGACCCCGAUGCUGUGGUGGCCGCAAUUGGGACGUUUGACUCCCAGCUGGAUGCCUAA